AUGUGGCCAGCAAACCAUGAUUGUAAUGGCCCAUUGCUAUCAGUUUUGCCUGAGUCAUCCUUCAAAAGCUCUUCAACAUCCUCCAACAGUCAGCUGCCUCACUCUGCCAAGCUGAACAGAAGAGAGGGAGAGGGUGGCUGGGCCCCGGAGCGGUCAGACAGACAGCCGUGGCUCCAGCUGGACCUCAGGGAGAAGAUGGAGAUCACGGCCAUCGCUACACAGGGCCGUUCAGGGAGCUCUGACUGGGUGAGCAGCUUUAUGCUGCUGUUCAGUGACUCUGGCCUGGCUUGGAAGCAGUACGGACAGAGCGAAGACACUGAGACAUACAGAGGGAACACUAACUCAGAGGGUGUGGUCCAACACAAGCUGGUCCAUUCCAUCACAGCUAGGUUCCUGCGCUUCAUCCCAGUGGACUGGAGCAGCACAGGAUGGAUCGGCCUCAGAGUGGAGGUCUAUGGCUGUGUAUACAAGUCAGAUGUGGCAGACUUCAACGGCAGGAGUGCUCUGUUGUACCGGUUUAACCAGAAGUCCCAGAGAACGGUGAAGGAUGUGAUCUCCCUCAGGUUUAAGAGCUACGGGGCAGAUGGGGUGCUUGUGCACGGGGAGGGACACAGAGGAGACUACCUGACAUUGGAGCUGCACCAUGGGACCCUGUCUCUGCACCUCAACCUGGACGACGCUAAGCUCUACCCCAGCAGUGGGAAUGUGUCAGUGGGCCUGGGCAGUCUCCUGGAUGACCAGCUCUGGCACUAUGUCCUAGUUAAACGCUCCAACAAGCAGGUCAACCUCACUGUGGACGGGCACACACGUCACCUCAGCACCACAGGUGUGGAAGACUCACUGGAAGUGGACUAUGAGCUCAGCUUUGGAGGAAUUCCUAUACCCGGUAAACCAGGAAGCUUCCUUAGGAAGAACUUCCAUGGCUGCAUAGAGAACCUCUACUAUAAUGGAGUCAGCAUUAUCAACCUGGCCAAGCGACGCAAGCUCCAGAUCCACAGUGGCAACGUGACCUUCUCAUGCUCUGAGCCCCAGCCUCAGAUGGUGUCCACCACCUUCCUGUCCUCCAGCAGUAGCUACCUGUCUCUACCCCUGGAGCCUCUUGGGGUGUGGGGGCUGGACGUACACUUCCACUUCAGGACCUGGAACCAGGAAGGACUUCUGUUCUCCACCGGCCUGGCACAGGGAUCACAGCACCUGGUGUUGCAAAUCAGCAGAGGUCAACUGCACCUAAUGGUCCAUGGAGCUGCUGAGCAGAAAACAAACAUUUCCAUAGAAGUCAGUGUAACUGAUGGACUGUGGCAUUCUGUUAGUCUGAGCUACAGAGAUCUGAUCGUUUCUCUGGUCUUGGACAAUGAGCCAACAUCUACCAUGGACGUACAAAGUCAUGCAGACUCAGGCAAUAGUGUAUUUUUUGGAGGUUGUCCCCAAUACAGUGGUGACUGUAAGAACCCUACUGUGGCCUUCCAGGGGUGCAUGCGUCAGAUCUUCCUAAACAACCAACUUAUGGAUCUACCCCGUGUGCAGCAAGGACUUUUGGGUAAUUACAGCAAGCUUCAGUUCGACAUCUGUGGGAUCCGCAACAGAUGUCUGCCUAAUUUUUGUGAGCAUGACGGACGAUGCACCCAAUCAUGGGAUACUUUCUACUGUGACUGCUUGGGGACAGGCUACACUGGAGAAACCUGUCACAACUCUAUUUAUGAAGCGUCGUGUGAGGCACACAGACAAAUGGGGAGUGCGUCUGGCUACUUUUACAUUGAUCCAGAUGGGAGUGGUCCUCUAAAGGCAGCACUGGUCUACUGCAACAUGACUGAGAAGAAGGUAUGGACAGUGGUGGGCCACAACAACAGUGGGUCUGUGAAUGUGACUGGAGCCACAACAAAGAAGCCAUAUGUGAUGCGGUUCAACUACACUGUCUCCCUGGAGCAGCUCCGCACUCUGAUUGGACGGUCUGAGCACUGUCAACAGGAAGUGGUCUACAUCUGCAGGAAGUCCCGUCUCUUCAAUACUUGGGAUGGGAGGCCCCUGUCAUGGUGGCUGGACCGGAGUGGAGAGAAACAGACCUACUGGGGAGGCUCUGUACCUGGGGUCCAACAGUGCUCCUGCAGCCUGGAGGAAAACUGCAUCGACAUGAACUACUUCUGCAACUGUGAUGCAGACACUCACUUGUGGGUAAACGACACAGGAUUGCUGUCCUACAAAGAUCACCUACCACUGACUGAGAUUGUAAUAGGAGACACCAACAGGACAGGCUCAGCAGCUGUAUACAGAGUCGGCUCCCUUCAAUGCAACGGUGACAGGUUCCUGUGGAAUGCAGCCUCUUUCUAUCCUGGGUCAUCAUCCCUCCACUUCCCUAAGUUCCAGGCUGAGCUCAGUGCGGACAUCUCCCUGUACUUCAAGACCACAGCUUCCUCUGGUGUUCUCCUGGAGAACCUGGGGACCGCUGACUUCAUCACCCUGAAGUUGACCACUCCCUCAGCUGUAACAUUCAUCUUUGACGUGGGGAACGGCCCGGUGGACUUGACGGUGACGUCCCCUGUCCCCCUGAAUGAUAAGCAGUGGCACUACGUUAGGGCUGAACGCAACUUGAAGGAGGCCUCCCUGCAAGUGGACCAGCUGCCCCUACACACUCUGGAGGCCCCCUCUGAAGGGCACUACCGCCUGCAGCUCAAAAGCCUACUGUUCAUAGGAGGAUCCACCUUCAAAGAGAGCAGUUUCCUGGGCUGCAUCCGUGCGUUGACCCUGAACGGCGUGACCCUUGACCUGGAGGAGCAGGCCAAGUUGACCCCAGGAGUGACCCCAGGCUGCCCGGGCCACUGCAAUGGCUCUGCUAGUGUCUGUCAUAACAGAGGGCGGUGUAUGGAGAAAAACAGUGGAUAUGUCUGUGACUGUACACACUCUGCCUACAAUGGACCACACUGCAAGAAAGAAGUGUCAAUGUCCUUUGAGAGUGGCUCCUCGGUGACCCUUACCUUCCAGAUGCCUUUUCCAGUCAUGCACAACAGAGACAGAGGUAGCCAGUCAUCUAGCAGUCAGCCAAUCCAUAGCCAGUCCUCAGCCAUCUAUGCCCACAACGGCGAGUCCAGAGAAAACAUUGCCUUCAGCUAUCUGACGACCCACACCCCUGCCAUGUUACUCUGUGUCAGCACCUACCAUCAACAGUACUUGGCUAUCAUCCUCGCUAACAAUGGGAGUCUGCAGAUCUGGUACCGUCUGAACAGAGAGAAGAGAGCAGAGAUCUUUACUCCCAAAGUCUCCAGCCUAGCCGAUGGGGAGCUCCACCGUGUCCAAGUACACCGGGAAGGCAAAGACCUUUAUGUCCAGAUUGACAAAGACUUCGACCAAAAAUACAACCUUUCUUCUGACAUGAAGAUGAACACACUACGAUCUCUGACUUUAGGUAAAGUCACAGGUACAUCAGCAGGACAUGCUGGUUUGGAUGAGGAAGUGCUUAGGGCAGGAUCCAAGGGUUUCAUUGGCUGCCUGUCGUCUGUCCAGUACAAUCAUUUGACACCGCUGAAGACAGCCUUUCUGAGUCGUGGAAGCUCAUUGGUCCAUGUUCUUGCUCUCAUCACAGCUGUGUUCCUCAUCACCCUCUGUGCCGUGGCCGUGACGUCAUGUUUCCUGUAUCGCCGCUGCAGCCACACCCACACCCACCCCCAGGGGAAGGCCUCCAUCUCACAGAAGAAGGAUCCCAGACACAGCCCGGAACACAGCUACCCUGCAGGCCUGGAGAACAGCUAUCCUGUAGACUUGGUCUUGGAUCUAAACCUGGACCUGCACAGCUCUGUGAGUCACAGCAGAAAGGAGUACUACAUCUGA